UCCUCCAGGCGCUUACUUGCUUAUUCGAUACCGCAGUAUGUGUUGGCAUUAUUGGUCGCUUUGUUGCGCUGCUGGGUCCGCCUGAAAAUCGUCAAAUCGUUUGGUAGAGAUGACUGGGUGAUGAUCAGCGCAUUGGUACCCGCAACUGCGUGUUUCUUGUCUUACAUGACCGAGAUUUCGCUUGGGUUAGAAAGUCGAGUUGAUUUGCUAAAAGCCAAUAUGUCAAACUACCAUAACUUGCUCCUGGCUCGCCUCUUGCAUCAGGUGUUUGUGGUAGUGGCAUUAGGCCUGGUAAAAGUAUCAAUUUGCUUGUUCCUUCUUCGUCUAAUUCUCCAGUGUAUUCCAAUCUCAGCAGGAUGGGACCAUUCUUUGCGUCCACCGCCAUUGGGUGUUGGCAACGCAAAGUGCUACAGCCUCGGCACGUUUCGUAAGAUCGGACUCUUCAACGGAGUGAUUCAUAUUCUCUCGGACAUAUUGCUCGCGCUUCUGCCGACUCCCCUUAUUUGGAGACUGCAAAUGAUCAGACGCGCCCGCUUCACGUUGAUAGCAGUCCUUUCUGUUGGCAUCCUUGCGGCAGUCGCAGGAAUAAUCAGACAAGUUAGCGUCGGCCCCCUUGACGAGUACGAUGCGUAUUCGAUCUGGAACUUCACUGAAUUGCAUCUGGGUAUCACCGCAGCUUCGCUGCCAGCACUCAAACCGAUUUUCAAGAAGUUCUUCGAA